CUGCAUCACUCGAUAUUAUGAGUCGCGACUGGCCAAUUUCCAAAGCAACAGAGGAGGAUGCGGAGGGCAUUGCUUCUCUUCUCGCGGGAUCAUGGGCCGAUCCGUUCUCGAGGCUGCAACUUGGAAACGCUGAAUCCACUGAUUCAGCCACCGUCAUGACCCCUCGCAUUGCACGACAGCUGAAAGCCCCGGAUAUGGAAAUGUUCAUUAUACGGGAUCCUGCCACAGGAAAGAUUGUAGCUGUUGCGCAAUGGCAGUUGCCAAAGGACGAGCCUGCGAACAAGGAGACGCAAGAGGAGCGGGACGAGCGACAAGCUCUGGAAGACGAAUUGUACAUGAAAAGACUACCCGAGCACAGCAAUAAGGCGCUUAUCAUCGAAUUCGGCGCUGGUCUGAGAAAACUGCGGGAGGAGUACAUCGGAGAUGAGAAACAUUACCUGCUGAACAACAUCGCAACGCAUCUGGACUAUCGAGGCCAGGGCUUGGCCAGCCGUCUUAUCGAGGACAUUCUGAUUCGAGCAGACGCAGAAAAGACUCUGGUAUGUUUGGAGACGGCUAGUGAUAAUCCUGCGAUGAGGAUGUACAAGAGGUUGGGCUUUGAAGAAUAUGGCCAGUUUACCAUUGAGGACUUGAGCAAGUUCGCUUCCCAGGAGGAGCUGUACCAAACGAAGACAUCUUCCCUCAUGAAGCAACAAGAUCGAAACGAGUCUCCGCUGUUCGAGCCUGGGCAGCUCGCAGCAGAAGCGGAGCUAGAUAGGAUGAUUGAAAACGGCGAACUCGAGAACGAGAUUCCGGCUUACGACCCUACCGAGGAAAAGCUCCCUGCUGACAAAGUUUCCGUCUUCAGACCGGGGUUCACGAAUGCUUUGUUCCUUAUCAAGCACAAGGUCGCUCAGCGCAUCUUGAAUGCUGUACAGGCUCUCAAAUUGAAAUGCCCGAGUGCGGAGCUAGAUCACAUGGAGCAGAGAAUCAAGAAACUCCUGUCUCCGUCAUUCGGACGUCCUGUCAGCGUCGGGUGGAAUGGCGAUGCAGGAAAAGGCAAGACCUCUAGUAUCAACGCUGUUCUGAGUGUCGCAAACUUGGCCCACACUAGUUCGGGUAGCGUUGCCACAUAUGUGCCAGUCGAGUACCUACCUUUAGGUGAUCGAGAGGCCCCAUAUGCGUUCGAGCCUAAGAUUUGCUUACCAGAGGAAGCUCUUAAAUGUAUUAGAGAUUACUGGGAAGAUUACUACGGAGGCAUGCUCUCGGACGACAAAGAUGAGGACGAUAUGGGAGCAACUGACGCGGUGAAGCCCGCUCGAGAUGCUUUCCUAGCUCUGUUUUCCGACAUCAAGCAGUUCGCAAACGAAGAGACCUUGGACGACUUCCUUGGCCAAGCGACUUCCAUCGACGAUCCAAAAAUCCUGUCCAAGCUUCUCAAAUGGGGCAAAGAGCGAUACGACAAGCUCUAUCAGAUUCUUGCCAUGCAAAGGGGACGUGCGUUCGAGGCUCAAACACCAGAUGAUUUGGGAGAAAUCAUGAGACCGUACCUGCAGACUGCCACGGACCCUUGUUUUGAGGGACAUGAGAACUUGGGGCUCAAGAAUUCGGUGUGGCCGUUCGUCAAAUUUGGCCGGCAGCGCGUUCGUCUCACUCAGAACUACAUCAAAACUUGCCAAGUUGCGGUAAUGGUGGACGAGGUCAAAAGGGCUGGUGAUAAUGAGCCCUUCAAGCAAAGCAUUUUCGAAGACAUUGGCGACGACGCUAGUUGCAAACCGCCUCUUGAAUUAGAUGAACAAGAUGCUCUAGACUCGUUGAAAGCUCAUAAGAUUGUCUAUGAGCAGAAGUGCAAGAAGAUCGGUGCAAAGUGCAAAGAGCCCGCAUACAAAAAGGACCCCGCACUACGUGCAGAACUUAAUGAUCAAAGGGACAAUUACAAAAGGAAGCGAAUACUUAUCGGGGCACGCAACCGACAAGUCAAGACUGCUCUGAAGACUUGGUUUCGUGAUAAGACAGGCGUCAAGGUGCCCUUAUCAGUUUUCUGCGUAAGCACGACAAAGUACAUGGAACUCAUUGAGCCGGACGAUGAGCGGACACUGAAGGAUCCGCCCGUAUUUACACCAGAGUCUACUGAGAUCAUUGCGCUCCGGCGUCAUCUGCUAACCCUGGUCAACAAGCGAGGGCAGGAGCAGAGUAUAGUCAACUAUUACAGGCUUGUCAAACAUCUUCUGAACGAGAUGUCACUGGCGUGUACUGGGUUCAAGCCCAUGUGCAACCGAAAUUCCUUGAUCAGGUUCAUUCAGGAGGCCCAUGAGAGCCUGCCGGACCUGUGUCGUCAACAUCGUCUGGGCUUCACAAAGUUGCUUGAACCAGUUCUAGAAGUCUUCAGCAAGUCCAUGCAGGAGUGGCUCCGAAAGGCUGAGAGCAAAUGCGAAAAGUUUGGCAACUACAAUGCGAACAGCUACGGGACUUUUCUCAAACGCCAUGGUGUCCACAAGCGUCCGAACCAAAAGAAGGAGAACUGGAACCUAACGCUACUGGAUUUUGCUCUGGGCGAGUUGGAACCGUUACUCACCAUUCUUUGCAGCCAAGGACGCAAAACCUUUGCUAACGACCUGAUGCAAGCGUUCCAUAAUCAGAUGGAUGACUUGGAACGCGAACUUCGAUUUAAGCUCGAUCAGACUCAGAUCAAGUUGUUUGGCGAGUUCUUUGAGAACCUUCAGCUGCAGAACAAGCAGCUUGAAGUACUCGUACGAUCGGCUGUACGCACAUUGAAAGAGGGCCUGUUGAAGGUCGGGCACGAGGUGACCUCGCUAGAGGCGAAGGGAAAUCCUUUCCUCCGGCACAUGAAGCAUACGUACACUUCCAUCAUGGAGCAAUAUCCACCCAAGAGCGGCAAGCCCGCGGUCCACAUCAAUCGGCGCACCAUGUUCAAGAAGGCCGUGACCGACCCGGUGUCAGGGCCAUACCAGGCGAUCAAGACGCACAUCGAGACGCAGGCCAGUGUGUUGCUGCAGACUGCCGACUCAGCGCUCAAGAAAGGCUGUGACGAGAUUUUCGUCGAGAUCUUUCACAACUUCGACCAGAUCUGUCCGGAGCAGGAAGACUAUGCAUUCAAGGCUCUGGAGCGCGGCAAAGAGCUUAGGGGAGAUAUCGAGCAAGCAAGGCAGGUGUUGGAGGGCGAGGUGAAGGAGGCGCUGCUCAGCGCUGGCAUCAAGGUUGCGUGA